AUGGUUUUGGGGCUUCGCCCGACUUCGGGCCGCGUACAUCGAGCAUACAUUGGAGUGCUUCGGACUCCUCGGGCUCUAAAAUGUGGAUUUCACACUGACGGUAGAAGUCGGAUUUCCAAUUUCUGGAUCCCGACAGGAGGUAUCUCGAAGAAAGCCGUCGAGGGUGAAAAAGAGGAUGCCAAUGACCUCCUGGUCAGAGGUGGUUUCCUUCGACAGGCUUAUUCCGGAGUCUUUCAUAUGCUGCCGCUUGGCUUGCGCGUACAGGAGAAGCUAGAGCGUCUUAUUGACAAGCACAUGCGAUCAGUUGGCGCGUCCAAGGUUUCUCUAUCAUCUAUAUCUUCACAAGAGCUUUGGGAGCAGUCAGGUCGAUUGAAAGAAGGCUCAGAAGUCUUCAAAUUUCAAGACCGAAAGGACUCUCGUUUCCUUCUUGCACCUACUCAUGAGGAGGAAAUUACCACACUGGUAGGAAGUCUCACUAAAUCAUACAAAGACUUACCUUUGCGGGUUUAUCAAAUAUCGAGGAAGUAUCGAGAUGAGCCACGACCAAGGCAGGGCCUACUUCGUGGGCGUGAAUUCAUCAUGAAAGACCUCUACACUUUUGAUUACAGCGUAGAGGAGGCACUGAAGACAUAUAAAUCAGUCAAAAAUGCCUACGUGAAUCUGUUCGAUGAAUUGAAGAUACCCUACUUAGUUGCUGCCGCAGAUUCAGGCAACAUGGGCGGAAGCUUGAGUCAUGAAUUCCACUUCCCCAGCUCGAAGGGUGAAGACUCUGUCAUCAGUUGCUCGAGCUGCGAACAUAUCUACAACGAGGAGCUUGCGGAUGGCAACGCCCACAACUUGGGGCCCGAGACUUCGCAGAGCAGCCACAAGCCCGGGUUUGACACUGAAGAAGCGCACAACGAAGGGUCACCGACAAUCUCCAACGGUCUUUGGACGGCAAUCUCAAAGGAUAAAACAACCCUACUAAGGGGCUGGUACCCUAAAUUCUCCAUGCAAGAUGCCUCCAAGGAGCCCGUGGAAAGGGAAGUAAACUCCCAUGCGAUGAAAUCCAUAGCUGCAGCAGCAGAUAUCGAUCUAGAUCUCAGUGUGGAGAACCCAAUAGAGCAGUGGGCUAAACAAGCAAAAUCGAAUUCAACUCCCUUCCAACGCCCCAAGGUGGUCGACCUGUACGACACCCAAGUGCGAGUGUAUAAACGCCCGCCACUAAGCGACUUGCUCGAUGAGCUUAAUUGCUCACCCGAUGAUAUCGAAUACACCCUGCUUGACCGCUUCCCUGGUACUCAAAAUGGCCUUAACCUGGUCAAGGUCCAUGACGGUGACAGAUGCUUUAAAUGUGCCGAUGGGUCAUUAAAAAGCCAUACUGCGGUUGAACUCGGCCACACAUUCCAUCUUGGCACCCGGUAUAGCGACGUUCUACAGGCAUCAGUUAUGGUUGACCGGUCAUUACUCGGCAACUCUUCGAAGGACCAAAUCGUGCCAAUGGAAAUGGGCUGCCACGGCAUUGGAGUUUCGCGUAUGAUCACCGCAGUGGCCGACAGACUUGCCGAUUCCAAGGGUCUUAACUGGCCGCGCGCGAUGGCACCAUUUGAGGUCAUCGUUGUCCCUGCCAAGGGGCUAGAGGCAGAAGCAGAAAAAAUCUACGACUCACUCACAUCAGACCAGACCGCCCCCGUCGAUGCCAUCCUGGAUGACCGUGACAAGCAAAUGGGCUGGAAGCUCGGAGAUGCCGAUCUAAUCGGAUACCCUGUGAUUGUGGUUGUUGGGAAAGGAUGGAAGAAGCAGCAGACACUGGAAGUCCAAUGCCGUCGGUUGGAUAACUUGCGAGAAGAAGUACCUUUGGACCAGCUUUCAGCCUUUGUUCGAUCUCUGCUGGAGCGAAUCUAA